AUGGAGAGAUCAAGAUCCAAGCGGAACUACUACUACGACCACCAGGACUACGACAAUGACGGUGCCUCCACCGCUACUCCUCUGCCCCCUCCGCCGCCGCUGCGAACUCCGAAUAACACUAGUGUCGCUCGCCAGACUUCCAAACCCCAAUCGGACACUUCGCUGAUGGUUACCACCACGUACCGGAUACUGUGCACGACGUGA